CGAAAAGUAUCUUUUGGUGAUCCGGUGCCUUCUGCUGAAACUGAGAAUAUGAAGCUGGUUGUGCUUUGCCUUUUUGCAGUCUGCUGCUUUUCUUUGGCGAACACAUCGACAAACAUUACUGAAAAGAAAAAAUUACAAGAAGUCCUGAGACAGCUGAAAGAUGUGAGAUUAAGCCUACAGCAACAUGACCAGAACAUGACAUUGAAUACUCCACCAAGGAAUAUUGAGGACUGCUGCUGUCUGUCAGCCUUGCAAUGCUUCCGGGCUAAUCUGCAGGUGAAGUUCAACGCUGCAGACAGAAAAACAAACAAACUCUACAGGAGCCUGAGCAAUCCCAUUACUGAGAGGGGUCUGAACUUCUGUAAUUCAGGAAAUGUCAUGUCCACCUGCCAAGACUGUGACUCACAUCCGAAGGAAAAUGCCACAGAGUUCUUCAACAGACUGGAGUCUCUUAUUCAAAUGGCCAUAACCAGACGGAGCAUGAACUGAGAGGGGGAGAUCUACUUGUUACCAAGGAUUGAAUGUAGACAAGACACUACGCUGAAAAGAUGCUAAAUAUGUUAUAGCCUUCUAAGCAUUUAACUUAUUUAAUAUUUAUUUUGAUAGUGGUGGGGAACCCACUCAAGCUACAAAUGAGGUAUUCUCAGGAAAGCUGCUUUACCGCCACCCAGUGGACGUCGCAGUUUUUUCUCUUUUUCACAGAAAGUGAAAGUUAAUUUAUUUGUUGUAGUUCUUAAAGAAAUAAAUUAUAUAAUGGCAUUUAUACUAUGUAUGACGUGCCUUAGUACAUUCUUUUUUGAAAUAAUUGUACCAAUUGAAAAUAUUAAAUCGAUUACAACAGA